AUGGCCAUAAUCUGUCUUCUCGCGGCAUCAAUCGCAGCGACAGUCAUCUUCAAGAAAGUUGACGAUGCCGUCAACAAAGACUUCAACGAUAUCGGCAUCUCUUCCGCGCUCGGGUUGCUGUUUGUGCCGACCUGGAUUGCCCUCGCAUUCUCCCUCCUCGCAUCGGUCUUGAUGGGCAUCAAGACACACAACCCCCGAGCACCGAAGGGCCCCACCAGUGGAAUGAUCACCGGUGGACGGGUUAUCAAAAGCGGCAACGUCCAAGGCGGUGUCCCAAGGCCACUGACCCUGCUGAAGAGGGUUCAGACUUGGGGCCAACACAUGUAUGUUCAUAUCGGGGGCGGGGGCGGAGGACAACUCGCGAAUGCCAGAGGUGGUGAUGGGGAAUUUGAUGACGAUACGGCCCUUACAGGACGUCGAUAUAGUCCUGAGUUGGAUCCUAAGCAAGAGCAGGAAUCUACAAGCAUCGCUAUGGUGCCCUUGGACCACAAGGGGAGCAAGGAUAUGAAUCAAGCGUACGAGUCGUAUACGGGCCGUGCUUUGUGA